AUGUCGCGGCCGUUGCAACACUACGUCUUUCAACAACCCAUGAUGAUUUCUAUGCCAGCGCCGCAGUUUGUAGCGGUACAGCAGCAGCAACAUCAUAUCACGCCCGUCGUUCCUCUUUCUACGAUGAUGAUCAUGCCUCCCCCCGUCGCCGUCAUGCCCAUGUCGUUGCCUCUGACAAUGUCCAUCUUGCCGCCGGGAGUCCCGAGCCCGCUGAGUACAGGCUUCAAGGUUGUUUACUUUGGAUACGCCGCCACCGAAAGCCGUCAGCCUUGGUGCGCAAUCCACGCGUCCUGGGUGAACAUUGUGCCCAGCCGUGACGGACUACUGGCGGCCAUUGCGUCGUGGACCGGACUCCACGGCCUGGCGAUCCGGCACGCGGGGGGGAGAAUCGACGCCGCCAAGGUGAAGCUGUACGUGAUGCCGCGGGCAAGUUCGGGCAGAGACGGGGGGCUUCACGGGAUGCGGAUCGUGCCGGGGGAGGGGCUGGUGUUGCCGGCGGAUGUGGUGAAGGUGGUGACGCUGGAUGUUGAUGAGAAGGACUGGGAGGAGGCGGUAAGGGAUAUCAAGAGGGAAGGGUAUGAGGCGCUUGUUGCGGUGGACAUGAGCGUGAGUGCUCCUGGUGGUGAUGCGGUUGUGACUCCAGCUCCUGCUGCUGCUGCUGCUGCUGCUGCAACAACCACAGGCUGA